AUGGUGAACCAGUCGUCAGCAUCAUCAGCCACAGCCGUUGCAAGUGCAGCGUCGCAUCGCCGUGAGCACCCCGGGCAUGAAGACUCCCAACAGAGUGGUCUCUUGUCAAACAAGACACGUGCCGAUGUCAAAGACUCCGAUCUCUUUGAGAACGUCACCAGCAUUCAGCAACUGUUCGGAUCCCUUCAAGGAGCAGCUUUGCUGGAGAAGUGCUUGGAAUUCUAUCAGGCCGAUGAGUUGGAUAUCCCUUGGUUCUCCGACGAUGGAACUCGCACGGUCGUUAGAUCGGAGUUGAGCCGGCCCAUUCAAGAGGCAACGGUCAGUCGCUACAUGACACGCAUAUGGAACGAAGGCCUGAGUCAGAUGGUCUCAGGUGAAGCGAUCUUCCGGUACCGGACGGCUGAUCACACCCUUCCGCUAUCUGCCGGUGGUUUUAACCACCGCGCGGAGGCCUUUUACCGCUGCCGAGACGAGCAGCCGGACCACCCGAUGGUCCAGAACGCGUUGACUCGAGGGUUGAGGAAGGUCAAGGUCUUGCAUGAACGCACGCCGGACUGCGUUUUCAAAACGGUCAUCGUCCUCCUCAACGCCUUCCAUCAGGGCAGCGGGGAAAACCACCUCGACUUCCUGGCAGAGGCACUGGGCAUAGAGCACGCUUGGCGGGCAGAGUGUCGCGUCACCCAGAUCAACACGUACAACCCUCGCUAUUCCGCUGCAUAUGACGCCUUUAUACUGAGCAAAGGCAGUAGUCCGGAGUUCAACGGGUUUUUCAAGCAGAAGAACCCCUACUACACGGCACUCGCUCUAGCACACCAUCUACAGAACUACGGCGUCUACGACAAAGUCGUACAGUGGACCAACGCUUUCGUGGACUUUCUGGACCCCCGAUAUGAGCCACAGAACACCAUCAACACCAUGCACGCCAUCACGUCUCUCAUCGUGACGUCCCAAAAAAAAUAUUGCCUCAAGGCCAAAAUCGGUAUCAUCAUAUUCGAGGCCGUGAAGGUGCCGGUGUCACCUCACUCCCGGGCAGUCGGACGCACGCUAUCCUUCUCGUUCGAGAAGGGUGGAGCUGACGCCUCGAAGUCCAUGAACUUGCUGAAUUUGCCAAUGGAGACCAGCUCCGUCGUGAGGAAAAUGGCACUGAGCACUGGUGGGGCCGGGGAGGGUGCAGAAGGCCGUGGUGGAGCCAUGAGUGCUAAAGGCACCGGUAAGAGCAAAAUCAAUCCAAGCCUGGCCGUCAAGGCAGAGUUGGCCCAGGUGGAGUCGCUGAAGAUCCAACUCAAGGAUACCGAAGCGAAAAAGCUGGGCCGCCCGGCAGGAGACAGAGACAUCGGUCAGGCUCAGGCAGAUGCCGCAGAAGCACAGGCACAAGAACCCGACAGCAAGAAGCGGAAAACCAAGAAAUCUGCCAGAGGGCUCACCAUCAAGGGCUACAGCGACGACGAACGUUCCUCGUUUUCUGGUGUUGUGACUUCCUGCACAUCAGGAGCGACAGAGUCUCGACCAUUGACGGCCCUCGAUGAUAUCAUCCGUGACAUGAUCACUGAGGAAUCUGCCACACUGGACACCUUCGGUUUCUGUAUCUCGUUGUGGCUCGAGUUCGCGUUUCAGGGCAAGGUGUCUGUGGCUGGGCGGGAGCAUCGUGCAUACUCCUUGCUGCGAGUCGAUCUGCAGCAGACCCUUUUGGAUGCCAAUGAGACGCUGAACACGCCUGGGUUUGUGACCCUUGACAGUGAUGGCCAAAAGACCUGCAAUGCUUUGGAGCUUGCGAGGUUGCUGAAUGAGAACCUCACAAGCCAGCCUGUGUCCGAGAUUUUGUGGGCUGAGGACGACGACGGUGACGAGCGGGCACUGAGGAGCGUUUGUGAGCACAUGACCUGCAAUCGCGAGCUGACCGUGGUGCCCUGGACCGCCUACAUAUCCCAGAAGCUCCACUUGCCAAUCCUCAUGCACCAGCCCGUGCAAGAUGUGGUGACUUCUCUGUUGUCUGAGAGUGCCGCCGGGAGGAAGUACCUGUUGGUGGAUGUUAUCUCCUCGCUCUACUCGGGCAUUUGCAACAUCUUGCCCCCGGGCAUGUUCGGCUUCGCUUUCGAUGUCGCUGCAGCAUACGGAGAACGAAAACACUUUGUGGAGGGCACUCAGGAGGUGUUCGGGAAUGUCGACAACCUCCAGAAGGCUUGCUCUCUUCGUGUAACGUAUCUUCUGGAGCUGUUGAAGGAGUUGCUCGUGCUUCGCAAAGCCGGACGGAUCCACUUGCAGGUGUCCGAACCGCUGGAUGGCUUGAUCCCAAAGCUGCACGCACUGCGAAUGACAGAUCCCUGCUUUAGCAACAUGGUCGCGUUUGACGCCGUACAGUUCGCGACCCACUGGGCUCGUGACUGGACUGCCAUCCUCGAGAAGGCCGACUCGGACGACCUGAUGUCAUUCAAUGAUAAGCUGGUCGCUGCCACAGAGGGGUUGGACACCAAGGAUGCGACACAGGGGACCUCCAGCACGACUGCAAAAUCGAUAACGGCAGCAUCUUUGUUUCGUUCCAGCUCCACCAACGACAUUGACAUUGAUGGUAAGGACGAUGAUCAAGCCAACGGAGGAUCCGAAAACGGUCAGAGUGGCACGGCAAUUCCUGGCUCGCGGAGUACUGGUUCCGCUGAAGGAGCAAGCGCCAAACAGAAGCGGCUGACUCUCUACCAGGUCAACACCUUUUGCACCACCGACGAGGUCAUGUCCGCUGCCGGUGUUCUAUCCCACAGUGAUCAUGCAAAGAGCCUGGAGAUCAAGAGCAUGGACACGAUCUUCUUCAAGGUCUUGACUCGGCAGCUGGAGAUGUUGCAGUGGCAGAUGUACUCGGCCAUCUGCAGGGGGGAAGACUCCAUUGUGCUGAACUUCGAGAGCAAGAAAGAGGGCUUGUGUAGGAUGAAUGUCCCAGUGAAUGACGGCCUACGACUGCCCUUCGCAGGCACAAUCACGACCACCCACUCCAAGGGGGCAUUGCAUUUCUGCCGGCUUUUCGGGGUGGACUUUUACGUCCAGCCCAGGGACCCCAAGGAGUCGUCCAUCACCAGCUCAGGUUGUGAUGUGCUCGUGGCCGCGUGGCACGCCAAGCCCGUGGCAAAGCCUGCAGACGCUUACCUCUAUCAAGAGGUAACGCGGAUGCACUUCGUGUGCUGGCGCGAGCGCAAUGCUGGCGAGUCUGAUGAGCAUGACAAGAAGAUGUCUGAGUCGGAGCCCGUUGAGUCCGAUCCCUACGGAUCCGCAUCUUGUGCUGCCGAGCUUGUCUUCAGGUUGGCCAAAGACGACACGGAGAAAGAAAAGUUGAUCGGAAAGGCCGUCAUGGAGAACUGGCCGCAUUGCCAUUUGGCUUGUUCUGGCGAUUGCGAGAUGCAGGUUCUCCGCCCAGCUGAUGGCAUCAUGGAAAAGUUGCAGGCCGCAGUGGACAAACAGAAGGAUAAAAUGGAGAAGGCAGCCGUGGCGAUGGUCAAGCAGUCUACCAAAAAGAAGGACCGCGAAGCCAAGGCAGCAGCCAAGAAACAGCGACGUGGUAAAGGUGCAGGUCGCGGCGGUGAUGAUGCCGAGUACGAUGACGAUGCUGACCUCCGGGCAUGCCUCAAGCGCAAGAACGAUUUGGAGCAACAGAUUGCAGAUGAGAAGGUCAAAGACGAGCAAGAGGACGGUGCCGUGCAGGCAGCAUUGGAUCGAGCAAUGGACACCUGUGUGAUGCCCGAUACCUUGCCACUGACCAAGAUCACGAUUGCGAAAUCGGCGUCAGACGACGGGGUGGAGCGCUCAGCUCGUCAGAAGGCGAUGGCGGAAGCACUUGCGGCCGCCGAAGCCAAAUUGAAGGAGCGGAUGUCGGCAGCGGCAUCGACAUCAGACAACACGUCGGACGUGGCAGCCGACAUGCUUGGGAUGCAGGCCGCGAUCAACUACUUCAAGACGCCGGGCAAGGGCGACAAGAAAGGCAAAGGCACGGAACGUGAACAUUUGCGUUGUUCACGUAUCAAUGUAUCAAACAGGACGAGGCUGGCUGCAUGCGUAAAUAUUGAGGUGAAGUCACUUUUCACAUUCGUCACGUUUGUAUGGCCUGUUCAUUAG